CGUAGGAUGGCCCCUUCUUCCUGUCUGCAGCUUCACUUCAAAGCCCCAGUGUGUCAGGGGCCCCAGGAUCUUGCUUUCCUGGGCAGGGUGGGGACCAUGGUUGCUAGAAAGAGGGCACGGAGCAGUGUGCAGAGUGCCGGGCUCGCGCACUGUUGUUCUGCGUGGGUCCAAACCCUCCUCCGGGGUGCACGUUCUAGGGCCUGCGGUGAUGCUCCUGUGUCCAUGGUCUGCCCUGUGUCCUCUGCCCGUGCAGCCUCUGCAAAUACCUGUCCUUAUAAUAGUAAAACGGGACUUAGUAAAUAACAAAACUAGUUAUGAUUUAUCUAUCGAGCACUUAUUAAAAGCCUGACCCAAUAAACCUAAAAAAAAAAAAAAAGUGCUGUCCACUUAUUUACGUCACUUCACGUAAGCACGGCCUUUCAUUAAGCCCAUUUGUAACUGAAGCCAUGGAGGCUCUGGAAGAUGAACCCAUUCGGCCAAGGUCAAACGACUCCUAAGCAGCUGAGCUGGGACUCCUAGCUAGGCCUGUGUCCAAAACCUGCACUUUUCAGCCCAGUUCGCUACUGCCCUGCAACUCUGCAAGCUCAUCUUCCCCUGCCCUGUGACCCAUGAAGAGGGCGAGGCUCAGAGGUGUGACAGGGUUUGCUCAAGGCCACCGGGUGUGGGUGACGAGAACACAGCCCUCCCGAUUCGCAGCCCAGGGCUCUGUGCAGCCCCGAAGCCCACGUCUGUCCUGUCGGUCCUGCCUCCCCAUCCCCUGCCUCUCUCAGCUGGGCAGGGCUGGGCUCUCCUUCCUCCCUCCCCUCUGCGGCCCCUCCCAGCCCCUGCCGGCCCCCACCUCUCCCCCUUUCCCUCCGGUAAUUGCUUCCAUCUGGCCUGCCCAUCGGCUCCUAUUCCUUGGAAAUGUGGCUCCCCCGCUGCCGCCCACAAGGCUGCAAGGCCUCAUCCGGCAACCACGGCGACACGUGGGGAAGGGGAGGGGUCCUCCGGGGGUCUGAGCGCGGGGACCCGGACGAGGUGGCUGCUCCUGGCAUCUGGCAUCCCCAGAUUCCUGCCAGGCCACAGUACCUUUUGCUCUGGGGCUCUCCUGGACCCUGGCCUGGCCUGGCUCGAGGCCAGAGAGGCUCCUCAAAGACCUGCUUCCCCUCUGCUCCUCAGAGGUCACUCAGGUCAGGAGGAGGGAGGCCUGGUUGGAAGGGAUGGCAGGACAGAAGUGGGGGCCAGCAGGGGCCCACCCUGGCAACCCACCGCUUGAAGGUCACGGGAGGGGAGCAAAGCAGGGGACGGGCGGUGCCAGAGACCCAGGGACCUGGGAACUCUGGGCAGGUGAGAAGGGAGACGGCUCAUUUCCUUUGGUUCCGAGCAAUUGACUCAGAACCAGCAAAACUCGAGAUGAAGCUUCAUAUUUUGUCGUGAUCAAAAGUAAAACUUGCACGUUUAACGGUGUGUUCAGUGCUCUGUGGACUCCCUUGCCUAGGCUGGGUGGGGAGGACCCAGGGUCUUCAGUGUGGCCAUCUGGAGCUCUCAGGAGCAGGCCUCUGCCUGUGUAGGGGGCAAGUGCCCUGCGGCGGAAGGUGUUCAAGCUUGGACCCGUGACCUUGGCAGGGACGGUCCAGAGGAGAUGCAGGCAUUGGAGGGGCAUGUGUGUGGUGUGAAAUGGGCUUGAAAACUCUCAAGGCGUUUUCCUCCCUGACUCUUUAGGGUUUUCACGUAAGCUCCAGGAGCCUGUCAUCUCAUUGCCGUGUCCUUCAUGCCUGGAAUGAUGUCUAACAAAUACUAAGUGCUACAGUGUCUUCACUGUGUCCCUGCUUUGCUUCCCCCUUUUCUUGGGGUGAAGGGCAAAGAGUUUCCCUUUUGACAGCUGAGCUGUUUGGAGCCUGGCCUGGCAGCCUUUUCAGACACAGGAGAGGCAGGCAGGAGCCCUGGGGGUGGGGUGGGCAGGAGUCUGCCCACCGGGAGGGCAUCCUCCCACUUCCCCAUGCCAGGGGCAGCUGGUCACAUUCCUGCCCCCAUCCCCUCCUCAGCCAUGCUUUUGGGUCCUUGCACAGACUGGUCCUAACCUCCCCUCCUGCCCAAUGUCAGCUCUCCCCUUAUCCGGGUCCACGAAAAGCUCCCCAGGGGUGGAACCCUCUGGGGUGUCAGCUCAGGAGUGAGGGCUCAAGAGGCGGGUUCGCCCCCAUUCUUGCUUCACCCCAAACGACUCCACUCUUAUUCCUUCUACGUAUUGGGUUUCCACAUAAAAUCUCAUUUGAAAGUGGGAGAGAGGGUGUCUCGGCUUAAAACCCUUUUUAUUUGAAAACCUCCGUUGGGCGCCGGUCAGACUGUUCUACUUCCCCAGCCGCGUGUUCUCAGCUCCCCACCUCUGCUCCCACUGUCCCCUGACGGAGGCUUGGGCGCCGUUGGCAGUCCCCUUCCUAGAUUGCAUCCGACUCGAGCCUGUUCUGAGGCUCCCCUGACGGCCGGGCACCCUUGUCACUUACCCCACCCUCCCACAGGUCCCAGCCUGUGACAUCAGGGGACCCUACCACCCGUGAGCUCAGACGGGUGGGGGAGGGCAGGGCUGCACAGCCUUGGGCCUGACACAGAGCCUCGGUUUCUCACUUCUGAACCAGAGUGCGUUUCAGAUCAUGUCCCAGCACCUGGGGCCUGGCUCUGUAAGUGCUGGCUGGUGGGUUUUCUGUGAUUCAGGGUGCGGCCCAAAGACUGCAGAGUGCCUUCCUUCGGGGCCAGGAAGCCAGGCAGGUGGCCUUUGUCUUCUCUGUCCGCCCCCAGCUGUGUGACCUCAGGCAGGUCUGGGACUUUGGUUCUCCAUCAGCCCAUCCGAUAACUGGGCUAAUAGCGUCUGCCGCAGCGCAGCUCAUGGGAUGGAUCUCAGAGCACAGAUGAUAGACACUGGCGAGCUCGGGAGGCCUCAGAGGUCCUGGCUGAUGUUAGACUGUCGGGUAGGACCCGUGACCGUCUGACUCCCCAUCGUGUCCCCAGCACCCGGCACCGCACUGGCACGUGGUAGCCUCUCGGUAACUCUUUCUUUUUGCAAAGGUGGGAGCUGAGACUCAGAAAAGUAACUUACUGUUCAAGGUCUCAGAGCGACUUUUCCCCCAGACAGGGGCUGCCUCUCCUGUGCUCCAUCCCACCCCUGUCUCUCCUUUCUCCAAGGUCCUGGUUUGCCCUCUGGUUCCAAUGAUCCAGGAUUGUUGAGGCUGAAACCCCUGGGGCGUGGCUGAUGGUGGGACUGGGUGGGCUGGGACCAGUGCUCUGGAAACGCCCCCGCCCUGUGCUGCUUCUCCUGGACCCGCCUGUCCGGCUGAGAGGGUGUGCAAGCAUCCUUGCAGGAGGUGUGGGCCCUUCUGUCCACACGCCCCCUUCUCCUCUUGUCCCCUCUUUGGUCCUUUUCCUCUUUCUCCUCUUUUUCCGACCCGCCUGCCUUCCUUCCCUUCUCCUUCAGAUUUCUCUCAGCUCCUCCCCGAGCCAUCCCUCUUCCUUUGUGUCUGCCUCCUCUUCUUUCCCUUGUGCCUCUGCCCCCGCCUCACCCAGGCCCCGGCAUCCUUGCUGUCCUGCCUGAUGUGGCAGCUGGACUUCGGGUGGGUGCCCUGCAGCCGUGGAGGUUCAGGAGCGCCUCCUCUUGUUGGCGGCCCCAGCAUCUUCGAGCGGGACGCUCGUGCAGCAGUCGGGUUGGGUGAAGGGACAGGGCCUGCCCCCGGGUGCGGAUGCUCUGAUCUGAAGCUCAGCUUCCUGGGCCCUCACCUCCCUUCUUGGACAUCUUCCUGGGCCGGAAGGCAGGACCUCAUCCCGGAGCCAGAGGGCCUCCACAGAAGAGGUGGCUGGUGGAGCUUCUCUGGCUUCUGACCUCUGCCCUCCACCCUCCUCUCUCCAGAGGUACCUGCUGGGAUGGAGGAGGCUGAUCAGAGCAGGGAGGAGAUUUCUGCUCAGAUGCCUCCAGGUGGCCCGAGGCAGCCGGGAUGACAGCUCUCCCCAGGAACCCUGGCACCUGAGAAACAUGAUCAGCAAGUCCCGCUGGAAACUCCUGGCCACGCUGGCUCUGGUCCUGGUCGUCAUGGUAUGGUACUCCAUCUCCCGAGAAGACAGGUACAUUGAGCUCUUUUAUUUUCCCAUCCCAGGGAAGAAGGAGCCAUGCCUCCAGGGUGAGGCGGAGAGGAUGGCCUCCAAGCUCUUUGGCAACUACUCCCGAGAACAGCCCAUCUUUCUGCAGCUUAAGGAUUAUUUCUGGGUCAAGACGCCAUCUGCCUACGAGCUGCCCUACGGGACCAAGGGGAGUGAAGACCUACUGCUCCGGGUGCUGGCCGUCACCAGCUACUCCGUUCCAGAGAGCAUCCAGAGCCUCAAGUGCCGCCGCUGCGUGGUGGUGGGGAACGGGCAUCGGCUGCGCAACAGCUCGCUGGGAGAGGCCAUCAACAAGUACGACGUGGUCAUCAGGUUAAACAGCGCACCGGUGGCUGGCUACGAGAAUGAUGUGGGCUCCAAGACCACCAUGCGUCUCUUCUACCCUGAAUCCGCCCACUUCAAUCCCAAAGUGGAGGACAACCCUGACACGCUCCUUGUCAUGGUAGCUUUCAAGGCCAUGGACUUCCACUGGAUUGAGAGCAUCUUGAGUGAUAAGAAGCGCGUGCGAAAGGGCUUCUGGAAACAGCCUCCCCUCAUCUGGGACGUCAACCCCAAACAGAUUCGGAUUCUCAACCCCUUCUUCAUGGAGAUUGCAGCUGACAAACUGCUGAGCCUGCCGAUACAGCAGCCGUACAAGAUUAAGCAGAAGCCCACCACAGGGCUGUUGGCCAUCACCCUGGCCCUCCACCUCUGUGACCUGGUGCAUAUCGCUGGCUUUGGCUACCCAGACGCCCACCACAAAAAGCAGUCCAUUCACUACUAUGAGUAUAUCACACUCAAGUCCAUGGUGUGGUCAGGCCACAAUGUCUCCCAAGAGGCCCUGGCCAUCAAGCGGAUGCUGGAAAUCGGAGCCGUCAAGAACCUCACGUACUUCUGACUGGGCAGGAGCUGUACCCAUCCGUCUGCUCACCCUGCUGAGUGCCCCCAUCCAUGGCUAUGGGGGGUGCCUGGUCCCAGCUUGGACUCACCCUCCCCUGUGUGGUGGGUAGGAGGAGGCCAGGUCUGAGACGAGGCUGUGUCCCUGGCGGCUCCGGUGGAGGCCAGAUCGAGUCAGGGUGGCGGCCCUGAGGCAGCAGGAGCCCGGCCAGGCACGGGGCUUGCUGCUGUGGCAUCCCCUCUCUGCCAGCGCCGGGAGAUUAUUUAACGGGCUAUUUAAUUAAGGGGUAGGAACAUGCUGUGGGCUGGCCCCAUGGCAUCCAGAAAAGGGGGCAUAUUACAGUGUUCUGCUCACUUUUUACACAAAAGUGAUGGACCCACUACGGCCUAGACCCAGAGCAGGCCUCCCAGGAGGGCGAGGCGUCUGGAGCGGGCGGUGCCCGGAGCAGGUGGUGCCCUCCAGAGAAGGGCUGCUCCCUCCCAGCGGGCAUGGGAAGAGCACUGGCACAGGGCUUCUGUGGAGGAGAGGACCUAAAAGGGGUUUCAGACUUAUUAAACUAUUUUUCCUAAAACAGAA